CCCUCCGGGGUGUCCCUCCCUGGUGCCUCCGUGUCGGCUCCAGUCAGUGGCGGGUUGUGAGGCGGACGGAGCUCCGGCGGAUGGGAGCUGCUGUCGCACAAUAGAAACAGGUCCUCGGCCAGCAUCACCCAGCGGGCAGCAGCCGCAGGAGGAGGUAGAUCCCAUUCUGGUUACAGGACAAAAGAAGCCCAAAAUGUUCUCCCGACUCCGAGUCGCCGCCGUUCCCUGCGUGGCCGCGCGUCGCAGCGCGCACACCAAAGAAAAAGGCAAACCCCUGAUGUUAAACCCCAGAACAAAUAAGGGUAUGGCCUUUACAUUACAUGAGAGACAAAUGCUUGGGUUGCAAGGACUUCUGCCUCCUAAAAUUGAGACUCAAGACAUUCAAGCCUUACGUUUCCACAAGAACUUGUCAAAAAUGACAGACCCCUUGGAAAAGUACAUCUACAUAAUGGGAAUCCAAGAGAGAAAUGAAAAGCUUUUCUACAGGGUAUUACAAGAUGAUAUUGAGAGGUUAAUGCCAAUUGUAUACACACCAACAGUAGGCCUUGCCUGCUCCCAGUAUGGGCACAUCUUCAGGAGACCAAAAGGAUUAUUUAUUUCUAUCUCAGACAGAGGCCACAUAAGGUCAAUAGUGAACAACUGGCCAGAGAAUGACGUCAAGGCUGUUGUUGUCACUGAUGGGGAAAGAAUAUUGGGUCUUGGAGACCUGGGUGUGUAUGGGAUGGGAAUUCCAGUUGGAAAACUGUGUUUGUAUACAGCCUGUGCAGGAAUCCAUCCAGACAAAUGUUUGCCUGUCUGCAUCGAUGUUGGGACUGAUAACACAACACUUUUAAAAGAUCCAUUUUAUAUGGGCCUCUACCAAAAAAGGGAUCGUUCACAGGUCUAUGAUGACCUCAUUGAUGAGUUUAUGGAAGCCAUAACAGACAGGUAUGGCCAGAACACACUUAUCCAGUUUGAAGACUUUGGAAACCACAAUGCUUUUCGCUUCUUAAGAAAAUACAGAGAGAAAUAUUGUACUUUCAAUGAUGAUAUUCAAGGGACAGCAUCAGUGGCCUUGGCAGGACUGCUGGCAGCACAAAAAGCCACUGGGAAACCACUUGCAGAGCAGAAAGUGCUGUUCCUAGGGGCAGGAGAGGCUGCCCUGGGCAUUGCAAACCUCAUUGUUAUGGCUAUGAUGGAAAGUGGUGUUUCUGCUGAAGAAGCUUACAGGAGAAUAUGGAUGUUUGACAAAUUUGGCUUGCUGGUUCAGGGUCGAGAGCAAAAGGUGGAUUCCAAUCAAGAACCAUUUACUCAUAAGGCUCCAGACAAGGUACCAAAGACCUUUGUGGAGGCAGUGAAUAUACUUCAGCCUUCAGCUAUCAUUGGAGUUGCAGGAGCUGGGAGGCUCUUUUCUCAGGAUGUGAUCAAAGCAAUGGCCUCUAUCAAUGAGAGACCCAUCAUAUUUGCACUAAGUAACCCCACAGUCAAAGCUGAAUGCACAGCAGAGGAAGCAUACACAUUAACAGAGGGCCGUUGCUUGUUUGCCAGUGGCAGUCCCUUUGAGCUGGUGACUCUGUCAGAUGGAAGAACCUUCAAACCAGGCCAAGGAAACAAUGCUUACAUAUUUCCAGGAGUGGCUCUGGCUGUGAUCCUCAGCAGUGUUCGACAUAUUAGUGAUAAGGUUUUCCUAGAGGCUGCUAAGGCACUGGCAGAACAGUUGACCGAUGAGGAACUUGCACAAGGAAGACUUUAUCCUCCACUGUCCAAUAUCAGGGAAGUUUCUAUUUAUAUUGCUGUCAAGGUUAUGGAAUUUUUGUAUGCCAACAACAUGGCUUUCCACUACCCUGAGCCCGCCGACAAGAACCGGUACAUCCAAUCAAAGGUUUGGUCCUAUGAGUAUGAAUCCUUCAUGCCAGAUGUCUAUGACUGGCCUGAAUCUAAGGUCCACUGAUGCCUCAGAAGAUCACACUCCUCAGGCAGUACCUUCUACUCUGCAGGGAUCCCUUUUCCAGACCAAUUUAAAUCAUCAUCUUUGAGUCCUGUAAUUUAUUUUUCGCUCGUUUUGUUGUCUCUUUUUUUUUUUUUUUCCCCUGUUUUUUCACUUGCCAUGGAUUUCUCCUCCCUUUCUCCCAAGUACCUGCUAAACUCUCUGGAUCACAGGAAUGAGAGAGCUCUCCAAGAUGACUUUAAAUAAUGCCAUUGCACUUCUAGCUUAGAGCUGCUGAAGAAUUCCAUUAAUGAUCUUUUAGCUCUGUGCGUUUGAUGAACUACAGCUCUCUCAUCACUGCUGAUUUCCAGAAUGAUUUAUUUCUGCUUUUAAUAAUCAGUCUUCUAAUUGCCCUGAUGUUCUCACAGGGUGACAUCACCAGAGAGCUUUUGUCCAAAAAAAAACAACCAACCCACAACCCAAAGAACACAAAAAAGAAGGCAGUUUAAAACCUAUUUAACACUCUAGUGGGCUUUCUGUUUUGUCUGGUGUUUCAAGAUGCCAAUGUCCAGGCUUCCUGGUGGCACUGGCUGCUCUGUUUCCCUCAGUUUGGUCUGAGGAGCAGUGUGGGGUGGAGCUGUGGGAUCUGCAGCAUCUCACAUUUAUGUCACUGAGUGGUCUUAUAAAAAAAAAAAAUAAAAAAAGGAAGCAGUUAACUAGUUAAAGUUAUCCUUAGGAAGCCUGAAAAGAAGAUUAAUCACUUAAUAGCUUUUAAAAACAAAGGGAGGCUGUUGGAGAAUAAAUUCUAUCACCUAAAGGCAGGAUUUGAAAUAAUCUAUGGAAAUCUUUUGAAGAUUUUACAAGAUUAUCUGCAAAGGCUCCAAAGUGAUGUACCAAAGGGGUUUUGUUUCAUUUGUUAAUUUUUUUUCAAGGCUCCUAAGCUUCAAUUUUCUCCCUUGCAUACCCUUCUUAUAAAAAAAGAGGCUUGGGUGUGAUGUUUUUGUGACACAGCUGACAAGGAAACUCCUCAGUGGGCUCAUGUGCCACCUUGAACAAACCCUCCCAGGCAGCUGGAACAGAGAGUGUUAAAGACAGCUAUGGACAGGCACAUUUUUAGAGGUUUGACAGAGUUUCUUGUGCUCUCAGCCCAAUCCAUCCAGUUCACUUGGUGCCCAGUGAACACAGGGCUUGAAGGAUCACAAGCUUGAAGGUGAUCACUUCAUUUUCCUCACUCUGUUUACAGGUUUAAUUUCUUGGGGGGGUUUUCUUUGUGAAAACAAAAAAUGCAAGUUGAUUUUUUUUUCCUUGCAAUGCACAUUUGCUACAGACACCAUGAUGUGCAUUUCCUUUCAUUCACAGAAGGUUUGAGUCCCCUAAGCUCAGACUUUGGGUGAGCAGGCAGGGACAUGAGGCUGUUUAAGGCUUCUCUGCAUCUCAUCUCUGUGGUGAGAAUGAUGUGGCAGGAACAGAAAUAAAGGUAAUUGCUGCAGCAGGGUGAAAAAGGAUGAGAAUAGAUUGUAAAAGGGCUAUAUUAGCAAACUUGAAGCCAGAAUCCAAAGAGAUGAAAUAAAGCUUGCUCAGGAUUUAUCCCUGACAAGCACCUCAGUUCCUAUCCUCAUUUAUAUUGGAAAAUGAAGAAUAAGCCCAAAAUACAACAGGCAAAAUAGUCUCUCUACCUCCUUAGGCAUGUUCUGUGUCACUUACUGCCUAAUAUUUGAUUUAAAAAUUAGGUUUCUGUAUUAGAGAAAAAGAUGAAUCAACUUUGGGAAGGCUUUACCUGUGUGAGGAAAGAAGACUGAUUAUUUAAACACAGAAAAUAGUGAUGUGGGGAAUAGGCUGCAUGUUCAAACUGUGGUAAAGUGCUGUCUGGUAGGACUCAAAAUGCUGAGUUCCAAGUUGGGUGACAUAUGUGGUUUGGAACUUGUAUGUGUAAGUAUAUGUAGAAAAAAAAAAAAAAAAAA